AUGGGAAGCCAUUCGAAGUGGAACCUUGAAAUUCAAGARGAGUACAUUACAAACCCAUUUCUAAGGACAGAAAACGCUCAGAAAGUCCUUGCCGCUAUAAGGCAAAGUUAUCAGAAACUGGAGUCAGUAAAUGGUAACAACAGCAGCUCUGUUGAUCGUAAAGUAACAGCAUUGUCAAGCMCAAAGAGGAAUUCGGGUGAUCAGAAAAAAAUUCCUCAACCAAACUGUGUWAUAAAACCAGCAUCCCACAAAAGACAAGUUCUAUCAGUAGAGUUGAUAAGUAGUCAACAAAGAGAGCAAGUGAAGAAAAAUUUAUUGAGCGCAGAAGAAGUUGCAUGUACUCUUAUGUUUGAGGAUGGUGCAAGUCAACUACGCCCAAAUACAAUCCAGACGAAGAAGAGACAAGGAAAAGCAGCAAAGGCAUGCGCCAUUGUUUUUGCAUUUCCAUGGGCUGAAAUGGYAAGCAAUUUUGAAGAUGAGAUGGCUAACGUUUUGCAAGGUCAACUGGUCUUUGUAAAGAUCACUCUUGUAACAGAGAACACUGAACUUGAAGAAUGGAUAAGGGAACUUGUCAAUCAACUGAUGCAAUCCUCAACAAGAAAGAUUUGCUACGGUGCUCAAGAGAUUGCAAGCUGUCUCAUGAAAAAAUACAGCUAUGACACCAAAACUGUUUGCAGCGAUUGGAUAUUCAUGGAUGUCAAAAUAGCUUCAUGGCUGCUCAACCCUGAUAAACCACCCAAGGAUUAUUCAGAUCUUCUUGAAAAAGUUGACAUGAAACUUGAAUCAAAGGAGGAUAAAGACGAAGAAGAAUUGCUCCGUUUAGAUUUGAGCACACUUGGACCUGCCAUUCUUACGUUGUACAACCGUCUCAAGGACAAAGAGUUAUGGGAAUUGUACUGGACUUUAGAAAUGCCACUGUGUCUUAUCUUAGCAGUAAUGGAAUCAGAAGGAAUUAACCUUGAUACUCAGGUUCUUUUGAAAUCAAGUAACAUUUUGAAGGGACGAAUAAAGACGCUGGAGACAGAAGCACAUAAGGCAGCAGGAAGGUCAUUUUUAAUCAACAGCUCACACCAACUGAGGCAGGUUCUCUUUGAAGAGCUGAAACUAGAUAAAAAGUGUGAGAAGGCGUUAGCGAAGCUGUGGUAA